AUGACCCAGGUGGCUCCGAGCCGUGCUGACAUGACAGCGCUGGUUCCUCCUCCUGAUCCACUGCUCACCAACAGGCACGCAUCUCCUUCUCGAUCACCGUCCAAUCACAGAAGCCCUCCAGGCUCCCGAGCGCAUUUAGCAAAAGAGCGACGGGAGGACGCAGAGAAGACCCAAGAGCUGUCGGAGGUGCUGCGGGAUAAGGAGCGCCGCGCGCAGCAGCAGCUGGAGCGUUGCGCCGAGCAGCGAGGCAGGAAGAUGGAGGAGCAGCGGAGGAAGGAGCAGCAUCGCAGGGCGGCGGCCGAGGAGAAGAGGCGACAUCAGCAGGAGGCGGACAAGGAGAGGCUGGAGGCCCUGGUUCGCCGGAGAGGAGGGGGCGCUGAGAGACGGGGAGGAGGAGGAGGAGGAGGAGGAGCAGGAGCAGGAGGAGGAGGAGGGGAGGCUCGGGACCACCUGGAUAACAGGCCAAAACGUUGGACGUGGGGAGGACCGCCGGAUGGAGUGGAGGGUAACCCUAAGACCCCGCCCUGCCAUGCCAUUGGCUCCGCUCAGCCCAAUGAGCUUCCUGCCGCUUCCAGCGCCAGCCAAUCCCGUAACGUCGCUGACUUCUUGUCUCCACCCACGAUGGAUCAGCCAAUCAACAAACAGCUCUCCAACUCUUCGGCCGCCAUCCACUCGCCGGAGAGAGCUUCCCCCAGCAACCACAGACCGUACAGGAGUUCCUCCAACCGCAGGAGCAUCGCUGGGUUCCCCGAAGAGACGUCCAGAGCCAGAACACCCACGGGUGAGUCUCCGAGCACGCCGGUCCGAAGUUCUUCCUUCCGGGCCAACAGCAAGGGCCCGGCCACACCGAAACGGGUGAGGUCCAAUAGGAGUCGGGCCCAGUCCCCCUGCUCGCCGGGACAGUACCCGCCAUCCCCGCUCCGGCAGAGGGCCACCACCCCCGACGACCGGGGCCACGCCGAGGCCAAAGGUCACGGCACGCUGGAGAGGAAGUCCGCCAAAUCUGACGGCUCCGAGAAGAAGAUCCCCAAAUCCACCAGCAGAGAACUGAACGCAGAGUCUCCAGGAACGCCCACCGGCAGGAGCGUCGGCGGGACGAUGGAUGCCGAGGAGGCGUCCAGACUGCUGGCGGAGCGACGCCGUCUGGCCCGAAUACAGAAGGAGCAGGAGGAGAGGCAACGGCAGGAGGAGGAGAGGCUGAGGGCCGAGGAGGAGCAGAGGAGGCAGCAGGAGGCCAGAGAGCGGCAGGAGAGGGCGGCUCGACAGGCCGAGGAGGAGAGGGCGAGACGGGAGGAGGAGAGGAGGACCAGGGAGGAGGAGGAGCGGCGGCAGAAGGAGCAGAGAUGGAAGGACAUGCAGGACCAGCUGGACAGAGAGAGGGAGGAGGCCUUCCUGCGAGCCCAGAAAGAGGCGGAGAGGAAGAGGCAGGAGAGGGAGCUGCUGCACAUCCAGGAGGAGCAGGAGAGGCAGCAGAGGAAGAAGAGAAUUGAGGAGAUCAUGAAGAGAACAAGGAAGAGUGAAGUGGAGCCUCCGUCUGCUGCUUCAGCGGCUGAGGGUGGAGCUGAAGCUGCCGUCGCCUCCGAGGACGACGCUCCGACUCCGGCCGAAGCCCCCGUCAUCACGCUGGGACCCCUGGAGAAUAAGAGCUGCGUGGACGAGCUGUCCGACGGAGUCCAGUCCAUGGACGUCAGUCCCGUGUCCAGGGACGAGCAGGCGAGCGCCCAGGAGUUCUCGCCGGUCACCGAGGGCACCGACGGCUGCCCUCUGGAGCACCUGAUGGACCUCGACGCCCCGGGAAGGGGGCAGCGCCCGGGAGCAGAGACGCCCCCCUACCCCAAGCUACAGGCCGGCAGCGGGGUGGGAGACCUCAACAAGAACCUGCUGAUUCAAGCGUACAACGCCGCCUCCGAGUCGUCCCAGCUCAUCCACAGCGUCGGGCCGAGCAAGCUGGACGUCCAGUAGCCAGGACCUUUUUCAGGAGCUGGCAGGUAAAAAAGAAAAACAAACAGGAGCCAGGAGAAACAGACCACCAGAACAUCACCUCCAUCUGCAACAACAACAACAACAACAACAACCAUCACGUCCACAAGGAAACGACUGCUGAACACCUGGUUUCUCAUCCGUAUUAUCAAACCACACACAAACACAUAACUGUUGCGCUUUUGGCCACAUUUUGAGGCGGUGCAGACGGGCAACUUUGACUGCGGCAGUUCGACAAAAUCCUGCGAAAUAAUGUGAAGUGUGUACGAGGUGAUUAUGUGACACAGAAGAAGAACUGAGAUAAACCUUCUUGCAUGCUUAUCACAGACUCUGCUCGUAAGAGGGCUGUAAAGUCAAGGUGACGAUGGGGUUUAUUGUUCUAAAAACUUGAACCUGCGCUUGUUGGGUCACCUUUCUGACAACACUGUGGACACGUGCUCAUGACGUGUGCUUCUUUUAGACUGUAAUUCCUACUCUAAGCACUGACUGUCUUCAUCUUAGCCUCCAAAAGCUCCUGUAACCUCCUCUGUUUCUGUCUCCCUUGCUGGUGUCACCACCGGCCACAGAAGGCAGAUUUUAUGAUUCCGGAUUGCGUGAGCUUGUCUGACAGUUAUGUGUAAAAAGCCCCUGAAAACGAACCUGCUCUACAAGGUCGUGAGCCACUAUUGCCCGGCUGCACUGCCGCAAAGCAUCACUCGAGCAUCGUCCGCUUUAGUCUCUCGCCCCUGCUUCUGAAAAACUUUGUAAAUAGAUGAGAGCGGGCGGUGGGGAGCAGCUCUGUAGCAGCAAAUCCGAACGAGAGCCGCCCCGACUGUCGCGUGAAUCCUGUGUAGCAUCUUUCGGUGAGCUAGUCGAGCUGUUUAAUGGUUGUAGCUGUUGUACUUCGACAAUUCAGUCAGUGACGGUUCCUGCGUGUCGAUUCCACCGCCGGCCGACAGCGACUCUUACGUGUACAAAACCCGGGGAGCCAUCGACAACCGAUAUUAUACGCCCGCUGUUGACUCGUAGCCUUUAGCUUUGGUUCCUCUGCUGCUCAUCACUCGGUUGAUGGACGUUCUGGGGAGUUGCAAUGACCCGCAGCAGGAAAUAAACACAACCUUGGGAGGGGUUAAAAAAAAAAAAAAAAUGCAACAUGUCCUGUGUUUUUAUCUGCAGGUCGGGGAACAUGUCGACACGGUGUUUUGUGUUUUUGUCCGGCACUGACUGUAACCAGCUGCAGUUUCUAGUGUGCACCUACAGUAGUCGUGUGUUUCACCGCUUACGUCUGCACCUCGGCUCGUUCUGUUUAAAAUAUACCUCACCGACUGGACACAGACCGUGGUGUUUCAACAGCUCAUCACCUCCGAGGCCUUAAACCUCUGCGCAGUGUUUCCCUCCAGCUUCGCCCUCCAGCAUGUGCACUCCGUUUCCGACCGGGUUUCGUUGCUUUCCAGCAGCUGCACCUUCAGAAGGAAGUGAAAGGAGAAACGGCAUCUACAUGUGAUCCGCUCACCCUUCUGUCCCGCUGCCAAAGACCCCCCAAGGGCCUCACAAGCUGUGAUUCCAGAAAUACUGAGGUAGUAAAUUCACACCCCUUCGCCUGCCACCAACCGAACUCUGUACGUUUUUCUGUCAAUUUUAGGAAAUUUUAAUUAUUCAGCAGUUCUUGUUCUUCUUUUUUUCCAGUGGAGGAAAGUCAAAAGGGCACCAAUCAAACUUCUGCUAAUUUAAAGAUAAACACGUUAUAUGAGAAGAAUCAAAGAGACGACUAAACUAAAGAUAUGAACAGAAAUGCUGUCCUUCCUGGAGGUUAUGACGUUAAUCUAGUGGAGAAAAGAGAACCAAACUCUGCACACAUUUCUGGCUAUUUAAGGAGUUAUCUUCCACCACAGGGUGUUGUAAUGUGAUGCAAAAUUCACCUUUAAAAGCCUUUAAAGUAAAUGUGUAGUAUUAAUUAACGAAUUGCAUUUUAUUGGUUAAACUACAAAGUUAUGUUUUUUUCAGAUUUGAUCUUUUUACUCUCCUAUAUGCUGAUAGAUAUGUUACUCCAGUGGAGAAUAGUAAAAGCCACCAACCAAACUCUGUACAAAUUUCUGAGUAUUUAAGGAAAAUUGCAUCACAUUUACCCAAUUUAAUAAACUGAAAAUUAAAUGUGUGGGAUGGAUUGACAAAUUGAAUUUUAUUUAUUGAGCUAUUCAGUUAUAAUUUCUGCAGGUUUUUAUUCUUCUACAUUCUUAUUUGCUGGAAGUUGUUGCAUUAGAACACCAAAAAGCCUUUUAGCUUGAUUGACCUGCCACCAACCAAACUCUGUACAACUUUGUGGGUAUUUAAGGAAAAUCACCUUAUGUUCAACCAUCGGGUAAAUUAAUGUAGUGGAGACGAACUCCUCCUUUAAAAAGCCUUUACAAACUAAAUGUGGAUUAAUAAAUUAUUAAUUAAGAUUGCAAAUUUGAUCUUUUUACACUCCUGUGUGUUGAUAUUUCAGUUGAGAAAAGUAAAAGAUUUUUGCUUAAUCGAACAGCCCCCAAUGAAACACUGGAGAAAUUUCAGAAAUAUUUACGGGAAAUCACAUCAUGUUCAACCCUUGGCUAUAAUAAUGUCGUGAAAAAUACGAAACUCCUCUUUAAAAGCCUUAAUGUGUUGUAUGGAUUGAGUUUAUUGAACCAGCCUCCAACCAAACUCUGUACAAAUUUCUGAGUAUUUAAGGAAAAUCACAUUAUGUUUGGACCCCGUUCAAAUGCCUUUAAAAGCUAAAUUAUAGUAUUUUUUUUUUUACAGAUUUGAUCUUUCAUUGCUUCAUAUGCUUACAGAUGAAGAUAACACAGGAGAGCCAGACACAGUAAACACCCCUGAUCAGGUACUUCAGUCCUGUCAUCCCUCCACACACAGUUUCACCACCAUUCACUCCUUUAAGCCUGUGAGUCAUGAAUACACCAUUAGCUGUGUGACUUAGGGGUGAGAAUCAAUACUUCAGACUCUCCGUGAGUCAGUUAGAGUCGAAGAAGCCUCUUGGAUGAAGGUGAAGCAUCUUCAAGAAAGAAAACAAGACGUUUAGUUGCCUUUUACCGAAGCACGUCAGACUGAAUUCACAAAACAGCAACGAUGACAAGUGAAGUUGUGUCUAUAUACGAGCAUGAAACCUGAACACGUCUAGAAAUCUUUAAUUUCACCCAACUUCUGCUUAGAGGAGGCAUAAAUACUCAUUUGCUUCAGUGUUAUCGCAAAAUGCUGUUUUUGUGCAACCAGACGUCCUCUUAAAAACAGAAGAUGAAAAGGUUUAGUUUCAAUGAUACAGCAGGUGUAGUGUGUAUAUAAUCCCCUUUAUGUUGUACAGUUUCCAGAAAUCUCCCUGAAGACGGGACCUCGGCGUCCUGAGCAUUAUUUAUUUAAGUUCUUCAAGUGCAUUUCUGAACAAAGCUGCUGAGUUGACAGGACACGGUGGUGGUGCUGGUGGUGGUGGUGGUGGCUGGGUGAAGUGUGUUCUCAAAAACCGGAUCGAGGUGCUUGAAAGAAGUUGCUGUUGCGUAAAAAGAGGCUCCGCUGCUCGUCCUAAAUGCCACACCAGUUGUUUUCGGUCAUCGCGCCGCCGUCGGCUCCCUUCUCCCCCCCGUUAGCUCAUUACUCCUCCAGACCGCUGAAACUCAAUGUAGGAGGGUCUCCUGGGUGCCCUUGUAUAUGAAGUAAAAAUAAAGGACAUAAUGUUUAUCCUAAUAUUACUCUGUGACACUGCAGCUUGGUGGAAUAUAUCAUUGUAGAUGUGGUGCAUGGAUAACUGCUGAAAAACGAACAAUAAACUUCAUCAAGCCAUUUGUGUCAGUGAGCUGGAUAAGUUAAACUUGUAGGCGAGGAGCUGAGGGAAACGUCCAGGACUCAAAGCCUGGACCAGAUGUUUCAGUCUUUGGCGUUCGUGACGUGUGAGAUGACAAGUCUAGUGUAGGGCUUAACGCAGCCACUUUUAUUUAUCAUUAUAACUCACUGUGUGUUGACUUGAUGCUGCACUGAAAUUAAAACUGAUCUGCAAACAUCA